AUGGCUGCCACUUCUGAACCUUUCACAGGCACCUCCCUGCCCUUCAAACCACAGAUACCCAUAACUCCUCCGCCGGACUGUUUGAAUUUUGCAAUCAAGUGCCCCGAGCUCUCUACGAAGUCGACUCCUCUGAGCAGAGAGGCACCGGCGGCAAUGGACCCGAAGAUCAAAACUGCCAAACCACACAUUGAAACACCUGCCACAUCUGUCACACCGUCCACGGACUCCACACAAUCAUCAUCAGCAUCAAGCCAAAGUCCAAACCUCGACAGCAGCAGUAGCACCACCCCCACAAACGCGAACACGACCUCACCGACCCCUAGCAUGGACACGCGACACCUUGCCUUGAUCUCUCGCAUCGCAGCGUAUUACCAGCAGCGCUCGCAGGCCAUCGCCAACUACCAGCAUCAAAAGUGUCAGGCCUGGGCCAACUUGCAGCGGGCCAAGUGCCAAGAGAUGACACAGGCUGCUAUGCUUGUCGUGGCUUGGUACGUUCGCGACCGGAUCCAGCGGCGCCGCAAGAGGGAGAAGCGGCAGUUUCGGAGGGGUCUCUCAGAGCGCUCGGCUGCCACAGCACCGACCCCGGCCGGGGUGGGCAAGAAGAAGCGCGUUGAGGCUACGGUCGAUAAGUGGAUCGGCCACGUGCCCAAGGACGUCCUGCCCUCGCCUAACACUGCUGCCUUGGACAAGCCAAUUGAUACGGACGAGCUCGGCUUCUCGAUAGAUGCGGAGCCCAGUCCCACCGACGGCGACGACAAGCUAUUUGCCGUCGCGGACGGAAUGAUCAAGAGUCAACUAGCGAGGAUCGAAGUACCCCUGUUGGGCGCCUUGGAUUUUGCGGCGGACGAUGACGACAGCGAUAGUGAGAGCGAUUUUGAGGAGGUGAGGCGGUGGAGACCAGGCGGUGAGGAUGACGGGGAUUUGGAACGUGCUGCAGAGCAGGACGAUGACGAUGAGGAUGACUAUUCGUACGAAUAUGAUGAUGACGACGACGACGACGAUAUGGAGGAUCUCACUGGUGAGGUUGUCUCAAAUUAA